AUGGAGAUCAAUAACAUUCUAGGCUCCAACUACGCACUCUUGUUCAUGAUUUGGUUAGCCUCUCUCAUAUUGGUCCGGACCAUGUUCUCUAAACAACCAAAAGCUAGGCUUCCUCCAGGUCCUUUGGCCUUACCCAUCAUAGGACACUUUUACCUUCUUCGAUCACCCAUGCAUCAAGCUCUUCACAAGCUCUCGAGCCGUUAUGGACCCAUGAUUCUCAUCUACCUUGGUUCUGUUCCCUGGUUUGUUGUUUCUAGUUCUGAAAUCGCGAAAGAGAUAUUGAAAACCCAUGAAAUUUCUUUCUGUAAUCGACCAUCCAGUUCUGCUCUCAGAUAUCUCACUUAUAACGGAGCUGGUUUCAUAUUUGCACCUUAUGGAGCUUACUGGAAGUUCAUGAAGAAGCUUUGCAUGUCGGAACUUUUUAAUGGUCGCAUGCUUGACCUACUCUUUCCUGCUAGGCAAGAGGAGAUUCACCAUUUCUUGCAGGUAAUUCUGAAGAAAGCCCACACGGGAGAAGUUUUGGACGUGAGAGCUGAGCUUGUGAAGCUAGCAAACAGCAUCGUAAUGAGAAUGGCACUUAACAAAAGUUUGUGUAACAACGACGAGGAGGCUCAUGAGGUGGUGCAGGCCUUGAAAGAAUCAGCCAAGGUCAGUGGAAGACUCUACUUAUCAGAUUAUUUAUGGCUUUUCAAAUUCCUGGACCCCCAAGGAGUUUGGAAGAAGUUGAGGGAGGUACGUGAGAGGUCGGACGCUAGGUUCGAAAGCAUCCUUCGAGAGCAUGAACAAGAAAGAAUUAAAUCCAACAAGAAAGAUGCACCAAAGGAUAUACUAGAUCUUCUUCUCAAUAUAUCAGAAGAUCCAAGCUCAGAGGUCAGAAUCACUAGGGACAACAUCAAAGGCUUCCUGAAGGAUAUGUUUUCAGGGGGGACUGGUACGACAGCCGUGGGGGUAGAGUGGGCGGUGGCAGAACUGAUAAACCACCCAAAAAUAAUGGAGAAAGCAAGGAAGGAGGUUGAGCGGGUGACUGGGAAUGAAAGAAUAGUAAACGAGUCGGAUAUAGUAAAUCUUCCAUAUGUUCAAGCAAUAGUAAAGGAGUCACUGAGGCUUCACCCUCCUGCUCCCAUGUUCCUGAGAGAGUCAACUGAAAGCUGCAACAUAGCAGGAUAUGAGAUUCCGGCCAACAGUCGAGUGGUCAUAAAUAUUUGGGCACUUGGGAGGGACCCAAAGUAUUGGGAUGAUCCAUUAGAGUUCAAGCCAGAAAGGUUCAUGAGGGAAGAUCAAAAAAGCCAGAUGGAAGUGAGGGGACAGAACUAUAAUAUCUUACCCUUUGGAAGUGGAAGAAGAGCCUGUCCUGGAGCUUCACUAGCACUCAAUAUUUUCCAUGCCACUCUUGCUGCUAUGAUUCAGUGCUUUGAAUGGAAACCUGCAGGAGGAGAUGGAGAGAAGAACGCCAUCAGUACUGUUGACAUGCAAGAGGGAAGCUCUGCAAGUCUUCAAAGGGCCCACCCCCUCAUUUGCAUCCCAAAACCCAGACUCUUGCCAUUUCCCUCCAUGUGA